AUGGUUGCCUUCGGCACCCUCCCUACCGAUCCGAUGAUUAGGGCAACAUCUUUCUCAAGACACAUGGCAGACCCACAAUUGGCGUCCACAGUCCCACAUCGAAAUUCCAACCAAAGUGCACACCUCCCAAGAGCUUGCAGACUCCCAGUCGGCAGAAGAACGGUAAGAAGGGGCAAAGGCAAUGCCUGCGCCCUCCAAGCAGCUGGUGGUUCCGGCACCCAGGACCAGCCACACAUACCGAAGAAGGUUUACACCGACUGUCCCCAUUGGAUCAACGAUAAGGAAGCCGAAAGGCAGAGAUCUCCGAUUAGGAUCGAUGCCCGCCUACGGGACUCAAGGAUGAAGGUCUUGGGAAACAAAUCACCCAUUCGGAAGGUUCGAGGGUUGGAAUCAGAAGUAGAAUCUGACGCCACAAACACAACCUGCCGAAGAGCUGGAAACUGUGGUACUGAAUGA